AUGGCGGCUUUACUUGCUCUAUUGCGUACCGAGUUCCCUAGCUUCCGAGAGACUUUCGGCGCCUCAGUAACGAAAUCCGCGGCAUUACAGACAGAUACCGUUUCUGCUGCUGCACUACGUAGAGUGGGAGAUGAGACUGAUGACGUCCACAGCCUCAAUGACUCCGAGCAACUUGUGGAGCAUGCUUCCGCUGUAGACUACGCAACAUCUGAGCGUUUCAUGCAAUGA